GAAUUUGCUCUCGUCGCUAGACAAAGGUGAUUUUCCCCCCCGGAUGCCGUAACGCGGGCCUAGUUUAUCGGUUUUGGGGUCACAUAACGGUUGGAGAAUUUGGAUUUGAGUGAUAUUUUGGAUAAAUUUUGAAAUUUAGUUUUACAAAUAAUUUUUGAAAAAGUACACAUUCUCGUUUCACUUUUAACGGUUGUGUUGUGCGCGCGGAGUUACAGCGGAGCAAGGAAAACAAGUGGAAAUUCGCUGGCGGAAAACCGGAACGUACGGAAAUAGUACUACACACACAUACUCGACAGUCACGGUCAACGAGCGCCAAGUGUGGCCUGGAGGGCAGAACAAGUGUGGUGCAGGUCAGCCUCCCCCUCCCACCACCACACCGCCCAUGUUGGGGUUGCACCUGUGCGAGUGUGUGUACGACCGUGUGUGUGUGUGACGCUUCGAGUAGGGGGUCAACACUUUUGAGCCUCUCCGAGCUGCUGGAUCUUCACGUUGAAAAAUAUUGAUUGCGGAAAACAUCGCCAAGUGUAUAGAGCUCAAGUUGCUGUUCAGUUGUUGUUGGUGGCGGUGGCGGUAGCGGCGUGGAAGAGCAAAAAUAGUUUGGAUGUUAUGCCGAGAACGGCCACCGACCUCCCACCAACCCCUGUUUGAGAGGGGGGAGACGAAAAAAUAGUGCAACUUUAAGUCGGGAAAAAACAUCACUUAGAGUGGGUGUAGUUUUUUUGUGAAGGGGUUCAAAAUCAGAAGUGUUCUCUGCCUACCUGUCAUUGUAUCUGUCGGAAAGCAAUAUUUUUGUCUAAUGGAAUGAGAUUUUCCACCUUUGGGAUCAUCUACAAAUAUCAAAGCUGAAAUAAGUGUGUGCUUGUGUGUCUUGUUGUCAUCUCUAUGUGUGUUGUGGCGCGUUGGUGUGAUUCGUAGCAAAACAGAUGUUUAGUCGUUAAUAAAGUGUAAAUUUCACAACACCGAAAAAUAAAAACAAGUGAAAACAGGUGAAAGAACCCUCCUGUCUGGAAAGCAACCCAAGAAGUUAUAUAAUUUUAAUUGGAAUUGCGGAGCACAAUCCUUUUCGGCGCGGUCUCAUUUUGGCUUUCCACGCUGAUGUUUGAUCCUGAGGUUCAGAGAACGAGGAUAAACCGAGCAGUGAGACAAUCCUGUGCGGCAUUGCGACCUGACGGCAGUAAUCAAUCUAGCACCAGCCCGCUGCCAACCCAUCUCAUUUCGGCCGUGACAGCUUAAAGCUUCCGCGCUCCCCCAGAACCACCCGCCCCUCGCGCUGAAGGUCGUUUUGAUAUCACAUAAGAGAGGCCCGCGUUGUCACCUGCGACUUGGAUAUCCUUUAGUCUCCCCCUGGGUUGUAAUCAAUUAUUAUAAAACCGAUCCCAACCGACGGAUGGGACCUGCCUCGUCGUGGUGGCGGUGCAGAGUGUUCCGGAAAGGAUGCUGCGGCGGUCGUAAUAAAAGUCCUGCCGUCGGAGGUUUGAUCAAUCACCCAUCCCCCGCCAUCGGCAGUGAGGUGUAAUUAAGUUUGGAAAACUUUUGCAUAAAAGGGUGGCUAGUGUGAAGAUGACGAAGGGUACGCGGUGUUGUGGGGACGUUGUGUGUGGUUGUGGGACGGCGUAGAUCAAAGACGAUGAAGAUUAAAGGUGAACGAACAGUUGGUAGUAGUUUUGUAGAAGCUAGUGGCAGGUCACCCGAACAGUAAUUGCACGGUACGACGGCGUUGAGAGCCCGUGCGCUGGUCCUUAUAUGGACGUGCUUGAACUGACGCGACUCGUCAAUGAACUCACCGUUGGAAGUAAUCUUCAGCAGACGCAGCAGCAACGCGACAUUCCCAAGUUGUACGUGUCGGCGGUCACGAUCAGGAUUGGUGAAGGUUUGCACGAGAGUACGGCCGCGGCGGCUCCGUUCGCCCUGUUGACGCUGAACCAGACGCUGGGGGUCGUCGGUGGUGGUGGUGUUGGUGUUGGUGGUGGCAACGACUCAGCAUCGGACGCACUCAGUGUGGUAGCGGCGGCGGCCACCAGUACGACUACCACUGCCGGAUCUAUCAUCGGGUCGACCCUCGCCGGCAAGGUGCUCGAGCAUGAGCCGGAGAUCGACACGAUCCGGAAGGUGAUCAUCUGUAUCGUGCUGCUAGCUGUGAUAUUCGGAACGAUCGUGGGCAACAUUUUGGUGUGCGUGGCCGUUUGCUUGGUGCGGAAGUUGCGUCGGCCAUGCAACUACCUGCUGGUGUCCCUGGCGGUGUCUGACCUUUGCGUGGCCUGCCUGGUGAUGCCUCCGGCGCUCAUGUACGAGGUGCUCGGUGAGUGGAACUUUGGGCGAGUUUUCUGUGAUAUUUGGGUUUCGUUCGACGUGCUGUCGUGCACGGCCUCGAUCCUGAACUUGUGUGCGAUCUCGGUCGACCGGUACUGGGCGAUUACGAAACCGCUGGAGUACGGCGUCAAACGCACUCCCCGGAGGAUGAUGCUGUGCGUGGCGUUGGUUUGGCUGGCGGCCGCCUGUAUCUCGUUACCACCCCUGCUCAUCCUUGGCAACAAGCACACAAUCGGCGAAGGUGACGAUCAGCGGCCAUUUUGUGCGGUCUGCGAAGACGUAGGUUAUCAAAUUUACGCCACCCUGGGGUCCUUCUACAUCCCCCUGGCGGUGAUGCUUUUUGUAUACUAUCAGAUAUUCCGAGCCGCCCGACGAAUAGUCAAGGACGAAAAACGGGCCCAAACAAGACUGGAAAACUCCCUCGCAGUAGACAAGAACCAGGCGAUGCUCAAACCCCCCGAACCGGUCGUCAACUCGUCGGGAUCGCCCCACCAGAAAAAGCUUCGCUUCCAACUGGCCAAGGAACGCAAAGCCUCCACCACUCUUGGCAUCAUCAUGUCCGCGUUCACCAUCUGCUGGCUGCCCUUCUUCAUCCUAGCCCUUGUCCGACCCCUCAUGGACGACGACUACCCAACUCUAUCGUCCUUCUUCCUCUGGCUAGGCUACGCCAACUCCCUCCUGAACCCCAUCAUCUACGCCACUCUAAAUCGCGACUUCCGAAAGCCCUUCCAGGAGAUCCUGUACUUCCGCUGCUCCAACCUGAACAUCCUGAUGCGGGAGGACUUUUACCACAGCCAGUACGGCGAACCCGGCUCGCAGCGCUUCGUCCUGGACAACGAGGGCCAGCACACGGCCCGGGAGAGCUUCCUCUGAAAUAACCGCAACGGCUGCCCCCAACCCCACCACAACCAGCACAACAAUACAAUCAGUGCACCACCACGUGAUUUGCACCACCAACCACCACCACCACCAUCAACAACAACAACACAACCCUUCUCUAGUUCUGAACUCACAGAAGCAAGGAUGGAAUCACUAAUAUAGCGUUAAACGUUGUAGAACAGCUUAGGAACCUAGUAUAAACUAAACUAAACUAUAAACCUAGAUAAAACAAGCACUGACCAGCAGCAGCAACGGCAGUGGCGAAUGUGACUGAAAAAGGCUCAUUUUUAGUGUGUAAUGUGAGUUGUUGGUAUAAACCGCGGUGAAAGUUAUUAAAUUAAUAAUUUCUCACCUGAUUAGUGUUAAAAAAGCGGCGCGAGGGUUUGUGGAGGUGCGUUUCUGUGAGGGUGCGUUCUGGUAAAUUUGAAAACUUUUUGGUCAAUUGUAAAGUAGAUUUUUAUUCUUACCUUGCAUCAAAUUUAAACUUCCAAAAAAUGUUUUCGACAGUACAAAAGUACUAAAUGACUAAAACAAGUUGAAAAAAAGAAGAAAAAGAAGUUGACAAUUUCAAUGGGCAAUUCUUGCAAUAGAUUGUUAUAUUUCCUUUUUUUCCUUCAAUUUGAAAAUUGUUUUUUAUCUUCUAUAACUUUACUCGAAAAAUAAAUUUCUUGAUUUGACCUCUAAGACCCAGCUUCACGUAUACAUAUCGACUCAGAAUCAAAUUCUGAGCAAAUGUCUGCGUGUGUGGUGGAAUGCUGAUCAAAAUAAUUGCACUAGAUUAUCUCGAGACUAGCUGAACCGAUUUUGUCUGUUUUGAACUCAUUUCUCUCGGUCGUGGAGUCCCAUUAGUCACUUUUGAAAAUUAUAAAGUUUAUUUAAGUACUUCACAAGUUUUGCUAUUAAAACGAUUUUGACCAAAGUCCGGAAGAAUGGCUGAUUUUGGCGUGACAUACUUUAUGGAUGACGCCUUAUGGAAUCAGCCUCGUUAACCUAAACUUUGUUUGCAUGUAUUCAGGCGCAAUUGAAUACAAAAUAAAAUCCUUUUUAAUUGAUUUUAGGAUGAAGGCACCAAUCACUGAGGUGGUUUAAGUAACAUUUUUGGGUCAGUAAUUCGUAGUGCAUUUGAUAGUUUGAAGAUUUUGUUUUUGCUAAAUAAAAAAUACAAGUUAGGAGGAAGUUAAUUCUUUAAAAGUGAUGAUUUGAACUAUUUAAACAACCUAUUAAAACAUGUGUAACACUAGUUUGGUAACUUUUGACUGAGCUAUUUAUCAUUGAACGCCAAAGUCAAAUCCGACCGAACCGG